ACCAUUUCCGCCCAAGCCCCGCCUUUUCCGGCCAGUCCUUCGCCCUCUUUCUUCCGCGCCUGGGAGGCUGACAGUAUUGUUGUCCGGGCAGUUCUUCUAGAAUGGCUGCCUUGUGCUUAAAGAAACUACUUGCUCAGGCCAAAAGGGAUCAAGUGAACCUUAUCAGUAGAUACCUUGCUACUUUUGGGGUGUGCCCAUUGAAAAGAACACCCCCCUCUCAGACAUGGCUUGUGACAGAGCAUGCUACAAAAGGACUUCUUCCUUUCCCCACACAAUCAUUCUGUACACAUGAAGCUGCUGAGGAGAAACUCAAAGGAAAGAAAAUAAAUCCCAAUGCCAAAAAGACUAUUGAAAGUGUUGGAAAGAAAAUCCCGCAUAGGAUUGUUCAGCUGAUAGAUGAGAAUGGCAACAACGAGGGGACGAUGCACAGAGCUGACGUGAUUCGUAUCAUGGAUGAAAGGGGACUGAGGCUUGUUCUGCUUUCAGAGAAGGCAGAUCCUCCUGUUUACAGACUGAUGUCAGGGCACCAGAUUCAUGAAGAACGCAUGAAACUGAGAGAAAAGCAGAAAGCUAACCCCUCAAAUGGGCCUGUCCAACAGAAGGAGAUAACACUUUCCACAACUAUUGCUCAACAUGAUUUAGAUACAAAGAUAAAACAAAUACAGCAGUGGAUUGAUAAGAAGCACCAUGUGAGGGUAACAGUGCAGCAGAAGAGGGCUGAUGAUGAACCAAAACAUACGUUAGCAUUAUUUAGUCAGAUUUUGGAUGCGAUGCCUGAAAAAGCAACUUACCUCUCAGAGCCCCGCAUUGCUAAAGAAGGAAGGGGCACAUGUGUAUUGAGACACAUGUCCGAGAAAGAGAUCCGCGAACUCAAGACAAGGGGAAAAAACAAAGAAGGUCCAGGGGACACUGAAAAGUCAACCACUACCUCGGAUGCACUCAAUCAGUGAUUUUGAAAUGUGACAAAAGACUGAGUUUACUUCAAUAGCUUUUUGGUUAUCUGUACAGACCCCUUAAACUUGAUGACAAUGAUUGCUCUAUAAAGUCUCUUCCUGUUUCAUGCUCGCAAAGCUAUUGUUCAGGCUCAUCUGAAACUUUAGCCAAGGGACAGUGUUUCCACUGCCAGCACUGUAUUCAUUGCAGGUUCGGUCAAACUAUCACUGAUGGACAAUAUGUCUCUUUGGUCUGAUUUCAAUGGGAUGUAUCCACUGAGGUGAGAGGCUAGGCUCCGCCUAGGUCUUGGCUUUUUAACCUUAGGAGACAAGACAAACAGAAUUCCAUUUGAUAUCUGUCAUAUAAAAAGAAAGCUUAAUCUAUUUCUGCAGAUCGAGUAUCCCUUAACUGAAAUGCUUGGGACUAGAAAUCUUUUGGAAUACCUGUAUUUUGCCUAUAUGUAAAUAAUGAGGUAUCUUGGGAAAUUGGACUCAAGUCUAAACACAAAUGCAUUUAUGUGUCAUAUACUCCUUAGCCUGAAUCUUAUUUUAUACAAUACUUUAUAAUUUUGUGCCUCAAACAAAUUUUGUCUACACUGAAGUAUCAGAAAGCAACGGUGUCACUCUCUCAACCACUCACAAUGAUGAUUUUUGGAGUGUUUUGGAUUUUUGAGUUCCAGAUAAGGGAUGCUCAACCUGUAUUAUUGCUACACAUAUCUGUGACCAGCAUUCUUGGUAGCUAGCUUAUAGGAAAUGACAUUUUUGCAUUUCCCCUGUGCUGGAGAAGUUGCAGAGAUAAUUGCUGUUCAAGUAUUGUUUCCUUUGGGUCAGGAAACACUAGAUGUUUAUGCUGUUUUCCUAUAAUAUGCCCUUGUUGAAAUAUGCAAAGAGACAAGCAGAGGCAAACAGAUACCCGUGUAAGCAAGGAGACCCACUACUUCACAUCUUUCCAAAACGGGGACCUGUUCCAUCACUAUACCUCCACUCACCUCCUCUCUUGCAUUUAAUGCUAUGUAUAAUUCAUCUGCCUAAUGGAUUUCCCACAUAAUAUACUCCCAGCCUAGUUUCAUUUUCAUGGGGGUGGGGAAGUGGGAACCAUCUAGUUUUCCAGAUAUCGUUGGACAACAGCUCCUAGCAUGCUGCUUCAUCCUUCAGAACAUCUGGAAGACCGUUAUUACUUUUGUAACUAUGGCUUCUAUAACUUCAAUUGUAUCUAAAUGGUCAUCUUGCAUAUAUCAUUGCCAACGUAUGUUGGAGAAUAAAUGCAUGUAAGACCCAC